AUGCCAAGCGAGAAACUUACUUCCAUUUUGGCACACCCGGUACCAGAGGAAGGGAGGGAAGUUGAAGUCUUUUGGAUGCCCACGACAUCUGGUAAGUUCUCUCUCCAAUCGGCUUUUGGGGACGUCAGGCAGACCCGACACAAGUCAAUGGCUUUUACUUACAUUUGGCAUCCUCAGAUUCCUUGGAAAGUCUCAUUCUUCAUGUUAAGAUUGUUUCUGAGAAGACUACCAUUACCAGAUAGGUUAGGUAAGCUUGGCUUCCAACUUCCCUCAAAGUGUUUUUGCUGCUCCUCGGCAUCUGUGGAGUCUAUUGAGCACCUAUUUGCCAACGGACAUAUUGCCUCGGUAGUUUGGAACUAUUUUGGAGGCCUAUGUGGAUUCAGGUGUCCAGGAUCUUUUUUGCGUCCUCACAUCGUAGGAUGGUGGCUACGUUUACAUGACUCUGAGACACGACGACUUAUCGACCGCAUUCUACCUAGUGUACUUUGCUGGCAGAUUUGGAAAGCAAGAAAUAAAGCAAUGUUUGAGGGUGUCCAGAUGCAAUCGUCUGCUAUUUGUAAGAACAUUUUCUCAGAAAUACAGUCUAUGGUGGGGAUUCAUUUCAAACAAGAACUUCAAUUGCAGUCUUUUCAUCAUUUGUAUGAUCGAUCGCAUGUAUCUGUCGGUAGAAUUGCAUAUAAAUUGGUUCGCUGGGAAAUAAAGGAGACAGGGAGGUUGAUACUCAACACGGAUGGAUGCUCUAAAGAGACUUGGGCCCUUCUUAUUGGUCUUCAAACAUGUAAAAAUAGGGGCUUCGAAAAUAUAAGGGUUCAAUCAGAUUCAUUGCUUUUAGUUGAGAUCAUUCAGCAGCGUAUUCAAUGUCCAUGGGAGAUUCGAAGGGAAAUCAGACAGAUUUUGAAGCUCUUGGAAGAUCCUGCUCAUUUAUCACACUGUUAUCGAGAGGCUAACACAGUUGCUGACGCUUUAUCCAAUGUCGGAACAUCUCAUCCCCACCAACAAGUCAAGAUUUAUGACAGCUUCACUAUGCUCCCAAGGGUAGCUCGUGGGGCAAUUUUUCUAGACAAGUUGGGUUUGCCCUCAGUUCGGAAAAUUAGACGUCUGUAA